AUGGAUAAAUUAUUGAAUGCACAAAGUACUAAACAAAUUCAAAAUAAUCGACUACGUAUAAAAACUUCUAUUGAUGUUGUUCGGUGGCUUGCAUUUCAAGGAUGUGCUUUUAGAGGUCAUGAUGAGACUCUUGAUUCAAAAAAUCGAGGAAAUUUUCUUGAGAUGAUUAAAAUUUUGGCAUCAUAUAUUGAAAAAGUUGCAACAGUUGUUUUGGAAAAUGCUCCUAAAUCUGCAAAGUAUACUUCACAUAGAAUUCAAAAGGAGAUUUUGCAAGUCAUGGCAAGUAAAGUGCGAGAUAAAAUUCGUGAAGAUAUUGGAGACUCUAAAUUUUGCAUUAUUGUUGAUGACGCACGAGAUGAGUCUAAAAGAGAACAAAUGGCUAUUGUUUUGAGAUUUGUUGACAAAUAUGGUUUUAUACAAAAACGCUUCUUUGAUCUUGUUUAUGUUAAAGAUAUAUCGGCAUUGACUCUCAAGAAUAAAAUAUCUGAUGUUCUUUCUCAUCAUGGACUUGACAUUCAAAAUAUUCGUGGACAAGGAUAUGAUGGUGCUAGUAAUAUGCAUGGUAAAUGGAAAGGAUUGCAGGCAUUAUUUCUUAAUGAUUGUCCUUAUGCAUACUAUGUUCAUGGUUUUGCUCGCCAAUUGCAAUUAGCAUUAGUUGCUGCAUCUAGAGAAGUGAUUUAUGUUCAUGAGUUCUUCACAAAUUUGAAUUUCAUUAUCAAUAUGGUUGGUGCUUUAUUUUCUGCUGCAAAAAUACUUAUCCAAAAGCCGAGAGAUGAUGAUUGGGAGAAAUUGCUUGAGAGUGUUGCCUUUUUCUCCAAAAAAUUUGAAAUUGACAUCCCAAACUUGAGUGCUCGUUAUAUUGAAGGUCGAGGUCGUAAUGAACAGAAUCACAUUACAGUGGAGCAUCAUUAUCAUUUUGACAUAUUCAAUACUGCCAUAGACUUUCAACUGCAAGAGCUUAAUUGUAGAUUUGGUGAAAGGGCAGUCAAACUUUUGACACUUAGCUCAGCUUUGGAUCCAAAGGAUGGUUAUAAAUCAUUUAAAAUUGAUGAUAUAUGUAGUCUUACGAAGGUAUAUUAUCCUCUUGAUUUUUCUGAGCAGAAGAAAAUUAAUUUGGGACUCUGGUUGAAGUAUUUUGAACUUGAUGUGCAAAAUGAUUUGAAGUUGCAAAAUUUGUCUUCCGUUGCAGAAUUAUGUCAAGGAUUGGCAGAGACAGGAAAAUCAAAGACAUACUAUCUUAUUGAUAGAUUGAUUCGUCUUGUUUUGACUCUUCCAAUGUCUACAGCGACUAUCGAACGAGCCUUUUCAGGUAUGAAAAUUGUUAAAACAAGACUUCGCAACAAAAUAGAUGAUGAAUUUCUUGCAAAUAGUUUAGUUGUAUAUAUUGAAAGGGAAAUUGGUGAGAGCUUCAAUUUAGAUUCGAUACUUGAUGAUUUUGUUUCUCUAAAAGGACGUAAAUUAGAUUUUUGA